UAUGAGUACUAGAUGGGCCAGAAUAAGUUGAAACAAUAGGGGUGGGACAUCGUGUAUUUGAGGAGUGGGAUUUACUGUUUAAUGCUAUUGGCAUGCCAUUUUAAAAUGGGAUUGCUGGGAAGAAGAAGGAGGCUACCGAGAAAGGGACUUUGGAGAGGGAGGUGUAGCAACAGCCACUCUCAAAAAGGAAUCAGAAACCUGAUCAGGACCAGAGUUUAUUUCUCACUGUGACAUCUCCAGGACGAGGUUCCUGAAGAAGAGAAGAGAUUUGAUACGAUAACAUCUGCACACAGAGCCCUCAACAUCUGCACCACCAGAACAACAUGAUGGAAGAGGAGAUCAUCGAGGACCGGGCCAAGCUGAAGCAGGGCCUGGUCAAAGUGCUCCAGUGUGUGGCCACCAUCUCCUCGGCGGCAGCUGUGGUUAACCCCAUUUUUGGCGUGGCCGGCUCCCUGAUCCGGGUGGUGCUGCACCACGUCGACGACGAGGACAUCCGCACCCUGAAGCGCGAGUUCGGCUCGGUCCACCGGGCGCUGGACGAGCUCUCUCAGAUGAACCGCAACACGCUGGUCCAGAUCAAGAAGGAAACGCUGGACGGGCAGUACUGCUGCGUGGAGGAGAACCUGAAGAACCAGUUCAGGAAGUUCAUGGAGAUGGUGGAGGCGCGGCCGGACCUCUGCGAACGCAAGAAGGACGACUUCGAGGUGAGCUACGCCAAUGACAUGGGAGACCAGAACCUGCACACGCUCUAUGACGGCGUGGUGGGCAAGCCGAAGCUCUUCAGCAGACCCAUCCUGGAGGUGUACCUGAAGCACUCUCAGGGCGACCGCCGCACCAUGGAGCGGCUCUGCACACGCCUCACCUACCUAUUCUGCAUCGGCCUCAUCGCCUUCAUGGGAUACUCCACCAUCAUUGGGGACGACGAGGAGGGUCUGAGCGAGGAGUGGGCCGAGAAGAUGGAGAACGUGCAGGAGAAGAUGCAGGAGGCUCUUUCCAGGUGCAAAUGAAGAAGAAGCCUCAAGAAGAGAUUAUUUUUUUCCUUCUCUGCUGCUUUUCCUUCAAAGUCAGGACCCACAUGUCCGCCGUCCCUCUGUAACUGCUCCCUCUUAGCUUUUCUCAACUAUUUGUCCAAACUUCUGUCUUUGACUCACGGGCAUGUUUGUCUGUAAAUGUUAAGUCAAGUAAAGUCAACUCAAUUUAUGUCACAAUAUUUAGUUUGCACCACAACUGGCUCAACUUCACAGAUAAAUUCCUCAAGUUAAGUGAUGAAUCUGCAUAAAUCGCAGUGGUUCCAAUUGAUACAGAACAUUUAGAAAUAAAUCAACAAUGGUAUCAUUACAAUUAAUCACAAAACUACUCUGAAAGCCACAUUUUGAGCAAUGUUAUGACAUCACAUGCUAUAUAUAUACAUAUAUAUAUAUAUAUAUACAUAUAUAUAUAUACAUAUAAAUAUAUCACAUUAAACAUCACUAACAUCUAUGAAUAAGGCUUUAACAGAAAUGUACCCAGAUUCAGUGUGAUUGCAAUGCAUCCUGCCCAUUAAGCACUUUUUGAAAAUAUUUGCCAUUUAUUGUAGAUAAUUGAAAUUACUCGUAUUUUACUACAAGAUAAUCAGUUGGUUGGAAUGUGCAACUGAUCAAAACAAGAAAUUAGCUUUAGGCUGCUGUCAUACUGCAUACUACUACUAAGACAUACUUUGUUUACAAACAGAGGGAGUUAAGUUAUAACUAUAAUCUAUAAUAUAAAUAAGCAAACCAAAACAAGGAAUAGACAUCCCAAAGUUCCCAUAGCUAUGAAUGUAACUACAGACAUAAAAUCAUAUAAUCAUCAUCACACUGCCAUGUGCCACAUAUACUGUAUGUGUCUCGUGCAUGGUGUUCAUGAUACACUAUGCAUACUUGUUGGUGUCGAGCACGAAAUUUUAUAUAAUUUUCCACUAAUUUCUGAUGCUGCUGUACGGAGUUAUUUUUUUAUCGUGAACAUUUGCAGUUAAUUAUGAACUAUUAACAGCAAACAUAUAAUCUGGUUUGUUGUAACGCUACACGUGGCCAGUCACUUCCCCACAGAUAAAAACACUAAGUUCAAUUUGAGGUCAAAUUAAACAAAAACACCAUAUACGCUUCUAUUUUAACUACCAACAAUUGUUUUAUGUUUAUUCACAACUGAUGUAUUUGACUUUCUAAAGGUGGUAUUAUUGGAAGUUCUAAUGCCACUGGAUGAUUCCUUCCACUUUAAACUUUAUUUUCUUUUACAUGUGCGGGAGGUGCAACAAGUCUGGUUGUAAUAUAUAGAUACAAUUAUCAAUGGGUUUCUUGGGUGUGAGGUGGUUUAGAGCCUAGAAACAUUGAAUAUCCAUUAUUAGACUUUUAUUUUAUUUUUUUAUUACAGUUAUACUUCCACUCACAUGACCAACAGUGCCUAAAUGUGCCAAUAGUUAUGUAUUAUUUUUUUUAUUAUUUUUAGGGUUUUUGUCAUAAUCAUUUAACUAUAUGAUUGUGUAAGGCAUUGUGUUUUGAAUGGUCUUUACACUACAGAUUUAAAACUUGGGGUUGUAAUAUUUUUGUAAAUGUUUGUCUUUUUUUAUUGUUUUAUCAAACUGGUGGUAUCAAUAGUCCCAGGUGGGUUUAGAUGGCUUCAUCCGGACCGUUCAGAGUCAGCAAAGUAGUAAAUUAGAACAAAAAUAAAUAUCGGAUUGUCAUUUAUAUCUUUCAAAUAUAUCAGUUCUCAAUCUUUUUUGUUUCUUUAUGUCCAGCCUGUUUUACUCAUUCUUUCAACACAUAACUCUGUCCUAAACUGCUUUAUGGUUCUGUGGCAUUGUGCCAUAUCUCCUAUUGUUACAACAGAUUCCAUAAACUCUUCAUAAACUUUCAAAAUGCUGUCGAUAUGGAGGAAUAUUACAUGAACCUCUCAAAGGCUUUAUGUAAAAUGCCAUAUAUGUGAAUAUGUUGCCUUUUUUUGUUAUGAAUCUUUGAUGCCUGGUUGUAUAUGUACCACUAUAAAUAAACGU